CCCACCACAUUUUUACAACAGCACCACACACCCGGCCGGAGAGUGAGGAAACUCCCCAGCGGAGUAUUUAACUACAGAGGUUUCCUUCAGACCGGUAUUUGGUCAAAUAGCUUAUGUUUGUUCGCUAAAUGAAGACCGAGACAAAAGCCCGAAGACCCACACAGGUUGCCCGCAUCCCCCCAGACUCCUGCGUGGCCCUCCAGACGAGCGCAGGUUGCCACAAAGCGGCGGUACCUCCGGUUUAGUGAACAUAAUCCUGUUGCUGAUAUUGUGGUUUCAACAUUUUGUUGGUUUAAACGCUUCAUAUGACUUCUGGUUGUAAUUUUCAGUGCAAAUAGUUAGUGAAAGACUGCCAAUUGUCGGUUUUGAAUUCCUAAGGUCGUUUAUAUUGCAGUUUGUUUCCGUAGCCUAAAGAGGCACGAGAGAUCACAAAGGUGGCUAAUGUUAGCGACUAGCUCGCGACACAAACGAGUUCCAUCUCCGUACGUACCUUCGGGAGGUCGUUCGGUGUGCUUACACGGGACUACUCGCAUUAAGCAGCAGAACACACAUUCGUAACGGGGAACCAAUUACUAUUUGCCUAGUUAGUUGGCGAUCUCUGGACAGGCCAGCUUCCUUGUAUCAAAUAACAAAUGGGCUAGUGUUAGCUAACGCUGACUGGGCUGCUUUAAUAUUGUCGCACAAGUAAGGAAAUUAAAACGUUCAUUUAAUUUAGUAGUUUGUUCUUUUAGAUUAUCAGUAUGAUGGCAUUUUAAUGAAAAUUGACUAAGUUAACAAUCAAGGAAGAUAACUUUAGCUAUUAUUUGUAUGUAUCAAUAACAUUUUAGUUUGAUUUGAGUCGCUGAGAGCCAACGAAAAGGACUGGAGUUGGGAUAUCAAUUGACGAUCGGAAUUAAUUCUGUCCCUGGUUUUAACCGGAUUUUUGGCCUCUGGAUCGACGUGGGAGCAGCGGGAUUUCGACGUCCACUCUUAUCUGUCACUGUCGAUAUUUUUUCCUUUCCCUCCUCCCCCACAACCGUUCCCCGUUUCUCUCUCCGAUGCGGAUUGUUGAGUAGCACCGGCAACCAAAUCAAUACGGCAGCCGGACAUGCUGAAGUGUAUCCCUUUGUGGCGCUGUAACCGCCACGUCGAGUCGGUGGACAAGCGACAUUGCAAUUUGCAAAAUGUCCCUGACGAGAUAUUCCGCUACAGCCGCAGUCUGGAAGAGCUUCUCCUCGACGCCAACCAACUCAGAGAUUUACCCAAGCCUUUCUUUAGACUUCUGAACCUGAGGAAGCUGGGCCUGAGUGACAAUGAGAUCCAGAGGCUCCCUCCUGAGGUGGCCAACUUCAUGCAGCUGGUGGAGCUCGACAUCUCCAGAAACGACAUUCCUGAGAUCCCCGAGAGCAUUAAGUUCUGCAAGGCGUUGGAGAUUGCAGACUUCAGUGGAAACCCCCUCUCCAGGUUGCCUGAUGGUUUCACUCAGCUGCGAGGGCUCGCCCACCUGGCCCUCAACGACGUGUCACUGCAGACACUGCCCAAUGACAUAGGAAACCUGGCCAACCUGGUGACGCUGGAGCUCAGGGAGAACCUGCUCAAGUCCCUGCCCACGUCGCUCUCUUUUCUGGUGAAACUGGAACAGCUGGACCUGGGCAGCAAUGAACUGGAAGUGUUGCCAGACACACUUGGUGCUCUCCCUAAGCUACGGGAGCUGUGGUUGGACCGUAACCAGCUCUCCUCAUUGCCACCAGAGCUGGGGAACCUGCGGAGGCUGGUGUGUCUAGACAUGUCAGAGAACCGCCUGGAGGAGUUGCCCUCGGAGCUGAGCGGCCUGCUGGCCCUCACUGACCUGCUGCUCACACAAAACCUUCUGGAGGUGGUCCCUGACAGCAUUGGCUCUCUGAAGCAGCUGUCCAUCUUGAAAGUGGACCAGAACCGACUGACCCACCUGAGCGACUCCAUAGGGGAGUGUGAGAACCUGACGGAACUUGUGCUGACCGAGAAUCUUUUACAGACUCUGCCUCGCUCGCUGGGCAAGCUGAAGAAGCUGACCAAUCUGAAUGCGGACCGCAACCGUCUGGGCGGCGUACCCGAUGAGCUGGGCGGCUGCGCCAGCCUCAACGUGCUCUCCCUCAGGGACAACCGUGUGGCCAAGCUGCCUGCCCAGCUGGCCGACGCCACCGAGCUCCACGUGCUAGACGUGGCAGGGAACAGGUUACAGAACCUCCCGUUUGCCCUGGCCAACCUCAACCUGAAGGCCAUGUGGCUGGCAGAGAACCAGUCCCAGCCCAUGCUCAAGUUCCAGACGGAGGAUGAGGAGAGCACCGGGGAGAAGGUGCUCACCUGCUACCUGCUACCCCAGCAGCCUUCCUCUAGCCUGGAGAACCUGCUCCAGAACAGUGUGGACGACAGCUGGACAGACAGCAACCUGAACCGCGUGUCUGUCAUCCAGUUCCAGGAGGAGACCACCAAGCAGGAGGCGGAGGAUGACGAGGCGGCCGCGGAGCGCAGGGGUCUCCAGCGGCGGGCGACACCACACCACAGUGAGCUGAAGGUGAUGAAGAAAGGGAUUGAGGAGAGGAGGAACGAGGCCUACACUUCCAGAGCGGAUGGAGAGACUGAGUCCCCUGGUGCUGAGGAGAAGCGGCUGAGCGAUCUGUCCAAUCAGAGCCACGACUCUGCGGCGUCCAACAGUACGGCCUCGGCCAACUCCCACGAAGAGAGGCGGGGCCUGAUGACCACAGACCUGGUGGGUGGGCGUGGGCCCCAGGAGGUGGAGGUGCUAGAUGAGAUGGAGGUGGAGUACGUCGAGCCCACGGUGCACUUUGCAGAGGAGCCCAUGUACCGGGGUGGGGACGAGAAUGGUGACGACGAUGAGGAGGGCGAGGAUGGCGUCCCACACAGCUACGAAGAGGAACAACAGAGGCCCCAGUUCCCUACGGAGAAGCAGCGUCUGAUCAGGAAGGACACGCCGCACUACAAGAAGCACUUCAAGAUCACCAAGCUGCCAAAACCCGAGGCGGUGGCCGCGUUACUGCAGGGCUUCAGCCCCGACGCUCACCUGGCCCAACACCCAGCCUCGCACCACACUGCCCCCGAGGAGGAGGAGGAGGAGGAGGAAGAAGAAGAGGAUGAGGAGGAAGGGGAGGAGUGUAUGGUAACUCCACAGCGCCACAACAGGAUAGAAGAGCCAGAGCUGGAGGAUAGGAGUCUGCUUCAUGCCAACUCCUCCCUGCAGCCGGUCAAGGGGGUGUCAUUUGAUCAAGUCAAUAAUCUGCUGAUUGAGCCUGCUCGAAUUGAGGAGGAAGAGCACAACCUGACCAUUCUACGGCAAACUGGGGGUCUGGGCAUCAGCAUAGCCGGUGGAAAGGGAUCCACACCCUACAAGGGGGAUGAUGAGGGCAUCUUCAUCUCCAGGGUGUCUGAGGACGGACCUGCAGCCCGGGCUGGGGUCAAAGUGGGAGACAAACUUCUCGAGGUGAACGGCGUGGCCCUCCAGGGUGCUGAGCACCACACGGCGGUGGAAGCCCUGCGCAGCUCGGGCACCGCCGUCUCCAUGAGCGUCAUCCGGGAGCACAUGGUGGAGCCGGAGAACGCCAUCACCACCACGCCGCUGAGGCCCGAGGACGACUACUUCCCCCGGGAGAGACGGGCCAGCGGGCUGCCCUUCUGCAUGGAGGCCAGCUCUCCCGCAGGCCCCCGACACAGGCGGUCUACCUGCCUGGUCCGCAACGACAAGGGCCUGGGCUUCAGCAUCGCCGGGGGCAAGGGUUCCACAGCCUACCGCACGGGGGACUUGGGGAUCUACAUCUCCCGAAUCGCAGAGGGAGGGGCGGCCCACCGAGACAGCACACUCCGCGUCGGGGACAGGGUCAUCACUAUCAAUGGUGUAGACAUGACAGAGGCCAGGCAUGACCAGGCAGUAGCGCUGCUUACCGGCACCUCCCCCACCAUCGCCCUCCUGGUGGAGCGCGACCAGGCCGAGCCGGGCACCGCAGGGGGCUCCCCGGGCCUGUCCCGCGCCCGCGCCCACUCCCCCCCGCCCCCAGAGCCCUCCGACUCGCCCGAUCAGGAGGAGGGCAACGACGACUCGCCCCACGGGACCCACCUGAGCCGGCCGCUGCAGGACGAGUACCCCAUCGAGGAAGUGAUGUUGGUGAAGGCGGGCGGCCCUCUGGGACUGAGCAUCGUGGGUGGCAGCGACCAUGCCAGUCAUCCGUUCGGCGUCAGCGAGCCUGGUGUCUUCAUCUCGAAGGUGAUCCCACAUGGCUUGGCGUGUCAGAGUGGGCUGCGGGUCGGGGACAGGAUACUGGAGGUGAACACCAUCGACCUGCGCCAUGCCACCCACCAGGAGGCUGUUAAAGCCCUGCUCUCUAACAAACAGGAGAUCCGCAUGCUGGUGCGCAGGGACCCCUCACCGCCGGGGAUGCAGGAGAUAGUGAUCCAGAAGCAGACUGGAGAGAAGCUGGGCAUCAGCAUACGUGGCGGUGCCAAAGGCCACGCUGGCAACCCUUUCGACGCCACCGAUGAGGGCAUCUUCAUAUCCAAGGUGAGCUCCAGUGGUGCAGCGGCCAGAGACGGCCGUCUGCUGGUGGGCAUGCGGAUCCUGGAGGUGAGCAACCACAGCCUGCUGGGCAUGACCCACACGGAGGCCGUGCGCGUGCUCCGCGCCGUGGGAGACACCCUGUUCAUGCUGGUGUGUGACGGCUUCGACCCAGGCAACGCUGCCGCCAUAGAGGCGUCGCCGGGCAUCAUUGCCAACCCGUUUGCAGCGGGCAUCGUGCGUAAGAACAGCAUGGAGAGCAUCUCCUCUAUAGACCGAGACCUGAGUCCCGAGGAGAUGGACAUCCUACAGAAGGAGGUGGAGAUGGCGCGAGAGACGUCCCAGUGGGAGAGAGAAGAGGUGGAGCGUAUGCGCUUGGAGCGUGAGGAGGCUACUCGCCUGCUAGAAGAGGAGACCGAGAACCUGGGCACUGGACCUCUGAAUCUGGACUACCGGACGCUGGCUGCACUGCCCACCACCACUCUGCAGAAGGUCAACAGGUUCACUCCCUCUGUCUGUGUGACUGCCUUCAUGGAGGCCCCCCUGCAGACCCAAUGUUCUGCCCCCUUAGAGCCCCUGGGCUUUGGCCUGGUGCAGCCCUCCACCUCCCUCUACCACGUGGACCCCCAUGCUCUGCCUCAGUCCUGCCCCACUAUGAUCACAGAGGCCGAGCACCUCUACAUGUCCCAGCACUCUCCCAGUCCCGCCAUCACCUCCUUCAAUCAAGAAGCAGCUAGACAGGAAGCCCCGCCUACCGGUGAAGAUGAAGAGGAGGAGAUUCUGGUGGACUCCCAGCCAAUUAACUUCAGCGAGAACCCCUUCCUGGUGGCCAAUCGCAAGGGAAAGGGCCGCCCCCCCUCGGAGUGUAUCCUAUCAGGGCCUCCCAUGGGCUACGGGAGCGGCGGCAAGUUGCAGCCCUGGUUGUUCAGCAAGGCACCCUCCACUGAGCACCCCAGGACAGACAGUCCCAUUAGAGAUGCCCCCUACUCACCUAGCACGCAACCGCCCAGUGCUCAUUCCUCCACCAGUUCCCUGUGUGCAGGCAGGGAGACCCGCUUCGCAAGCAUUCAUUUCCCCCCCACUCCACUGCCUACCAAGAAUAACUCGCCAUUGAGUCCCUAUGAGACGAGGCCGGGUUCCAUCCAGCCACUCUCUCGUGGUGGCGGGCGACCAAGCACCUCGCCAGGCACUCCGGACGGGCACAGCAGAGACGGGCACAGCAGUCCCAACCCCUUCCAGCAUGGCCCCUCCCCCAUCAACUCCCAGACCUCUCUGCAGCCUCGUGCCCCCUCCCCUGACACAAUCGAUGAGUUCUCCCUGAACCCCAAGCAGGCAUACAAGGCGUUUGCCGCCGUGCCUCACUCGCUGGCCAUGCUGGAACCGCCACUGCAGGACCUGUAUGGCCAGAGGAACAACAUCCACUCCAACCUGCCUUCUCCUUCUCUAGAGACUCCAUCUCCUGGGGGCAGAGACAGCCCAGAGCAGCGCUCCUUCAGGGACAGACAGAAGUACUUUGAGAUCGACAUGAAGCAGCAGACGCCCGACAGCAAGCCCAAAGGCCGCGUGUCCCUGGUGGGACCAGAUGACCUGAAGAAGAUGAGGGAGGAGGAAGAGAGGAGAUUCGAGCAGCGGGCGCGGGAGUACCUGAUGGAUGACGAUGAGGAGGAGGAGGACGACCUGGUGACGCAGAUGGGAGUGUUGAAGGCCACGGGGAAGGUGUUGCUGGACGGGGUGGAGUACAAGGUGGAGCCUGUGGCCACGCCCCCCAGGCACUACAACACGCCCCCCAGCUACAGCGCCACGCCCCCUAGCUACUGUGGCAGCUCAGGGCCUUCGUCAGUUGAUGGUAAAGGAGACUCCCAGAGGAAUUCCUUAGAGGAGAGCUUCAGGUUGGAUCAGCAGCGGCCCAACUCCAUGACUGGUCUGAUCCCAGUGUACCCUGGAGAGUCGGGGGCUCCCAUCCGGACGGCCAAGGCAGAGCGGAGGCAACAGGAGCGGCUGAGGAUGCAGAGUCCAGAGCUGGCCCCGGUCGGAGACAAGGACCUGUCCCCUGCCGAGAAACGGGCUCUGGAGGCCGAGAAGAGAGCCAUGUGGAGGGCAGCAAGGCCCUAUGGCCUAGAGGAGGAUGUUAGGCAGUAUGAGCAGGACCUGGCUAAGAGGCUCUACCAGUCGCGAGUGAGGGCGUCUCAGGGCACCGUGCCGCCCCCUCAGCCCCAAAACGCUGCCGCUUCCUCCGCUGCCUCCCAGCUCAGGAUGAAGUCUCUGGAGCAGGAUGCUCUGAAGGCUCAGAUGGUCAUCGCUAAGUCUCGGGAGGGAAAGAAGCGUGGCACACUAGACCAGCUGUCCGAGUCACCCUCGCCCGCCCCCACGCCAUCCCCUACCCCUCUGGAAGAUUUCAGUCCCAGAGGAGUGACGUCGCCAGGCAGACUGUCCCUGUCGGAAAAGAAGUUUGACUACCGACAGUUUGCUGCCAUUCCUUCUUCCAAACCCGUAUACGACAUCCAGUCCCCUGACACGGUCGACGACUUUCAGUUCAUUGACGACGGCUCCAGUAACCCUGUGCCCGCUGAGGUCCCCACUGCCACCUCAACGCUGGAGGAGAUGGCCCUCUACAGAAACAAGCGCAAGCUGAGGCAGGGCCGCCGCAGCCUGGAGACCGCCGUGCCCACAUAACACCUCACACACCUACCGUAGGAGACUCGGAAGUGACACACACACACACACACACACACACACACACACACACACACACACACACACACACACACACACACACACACACACACACACACACACACACAGGUGGCGCUGAGUCACUAUACACUACACACACUCACAAGUUUGGGAGAUGUGUCCCAUGUAACCACUGCAGAGACUAUGAUGCUGAUAAUCAACAAACACACAUACCAUGUCAUGUCCUGCGUGCCAGUCUUGCCUUGACAGUCUGAGGAUGAGUUGGCAUCAACACAAGGCCCAAUGUUCCCGAUACCAGGGAGGAGGAGGGCCUGUGAGGCUAGCAUUUCGUUUCAACGUUUUCCUUUUAAUUUGGGUUAUUUUUCUUCAGUUUGCGUUUUAGAAGCUGAAUUAUAUUAACAGGCGACUUAUGUUUUUAUUUUUGCGCCUCUGAUUUUUUGCCGUUUUAAAAGAAAAAUGUGUUCUGGAAGAGCAAUGGAGAAAAAAAAUGAAAUGUGUAGCUGUAAUACUAACUUUUCAGAUGCUAUUUUGGAGGUUUUCAGUGACUAGAUUGUGAAAUGUCAGGGUUUUUAGUGGGCUUUGGGGAGGGGGAGUGUAUAUAUUGUAGGAGGUGGGAACAUACUGCUACCUUCACUGCCACGUGUGCAAUGCAUUUUAAACACUACGUACAUAUCUCGAUUGCACUGCCGCACUGCUUAGAAAACAUUUCCAUGUUUUUAAAUAAUUUAUUUUGCUUGCGUUUUAUUACUCUAAUCUGAAGCAUCCCCUGUAAUACAUUGUUGUUAAUCCCUGCACAACCAAACAAUGGCGCGGCGCAUAGCAUUUUAUUUAUCCUAAUGACAUCAAAGCAUAUGGUAUCAUAUUCAUAAAGAUCUUAUGAGGCAACCGCCUUUUUUUAAUCAUCCUCAACCCGCUUCUUUUUUGGGGGGGGCCAAUGAAUACAUUUGUUUUCACUUUGUAAACCAGGUUCUGACUGAUGGAACGUCCCUAAUGUAGCAUGGUACAUGUACGGGCUGUCACAUACUCUUGUAGGGAAACUGAUCUCAGUACAGUUUGUGAUAUCAGUGGACCAGUGUAAAGGAGCUGUCCUAGACCAGGUUUAUGAGUCUGUCAGAAUCCCAUUCUAGAGAAUGUAACGACACUGGAGAGACCAGCAGACAUGCAUAUAUUGACAGAAAUCUGAGCCUCUAGUCCUAAUUCAAAAUGCCUGUCAAGUUGUGAACAUAAACUCAGUAUCAGCUUCAUCUCCAUUGACAUUAUAUACGGUACUUUCCCAGCCCUUUUUGGGGACAUAAUUUGUCAAUGUGAAUCUCACUCAUAUCUUUCAUAUCUGGAUAGUAUUCUAGAUUUGGCAGGUGAAGGUAGCAGGUGUUUGCUUAUUUUUGUAUCUGUCUUUGGUUAAUUUAAAUCUGACGCCACUGAAAAUCCUUUAUCAUUGUGUGAAUAAUGUACAAAAUACUAAAAGGAAAGCAAAACUUAACGGUCGGAACUGAGCCAGUCUACGAAGCCACGACCAAGCAAGUGUCUGGACUGGGGAGCUCUCACUCUUGCUCUCUCGCCUUUUGCUCUUUUUUUCUCUCACUCUCUUUUUCUCUCGCUCUCUCUGCAUGUAUAUUGGCUUUACUGUGAGAACCUGUAGAGGCAGAAAACAUUUUGCUAAUCCCUCUCAAUCUCAUUCGACCAUCAUUCUCAAUCUCUUUCCUCUGCUUUACCUGCUGCUGUCAGUGGAUGUUAUCUGAUUGCAGCAUUAUUGGAGAAGCGCGUUUUAAUCAUAGCUUUCUGUGUUGCUCUCCCUGACUGAAAUUCAGUUAGGUUGAUAACAUUUGCAAAUGGCUGAUUUUCUUAGUAGGUAAAACUUUCCAGACAAUGGGAUUCACUACAUUUUUAAGGCAGAACUGUUUCAUCUUUUUUUUUGGUUAUCUCUUCUUGAAUUCUCUUGGGGCUGUUGUUUUUCCAAAUGGGUUGGAGAAGGGCAGAAGUGCUGGGGUCAAGGGUUAGAGCUCAUCCAAGACUGUAACUAGUGAAUUUGUACAACCAAAGAAGUCUAUUUUGUCGUUCAGGAACAAUAAAAUUUACUUUUCAUUUAA